CCAUCUGCCUUGAACAGAUCACAGACUCCACACACACCUCAGCAGGAGCGUAAGGCCUGUUCUCUUCGCCACCAUGUACAAAAUGUAUAACACCCAGUGGGACGAGGAGAGCGAGGGCGACAAGAACUCCCUCGGCUCCUCUUUCUGGUCUGACAGGAGCGAGCGGGACGAGGAGGAGGAGGAGGAGGAAAUCGAGAGAGUGGUUUACCAGGAAGACUCCAAACCUGCCGUGGGGACAGAUAAUGAUUACCAAGCCCCGUCAGAGGUGGAUCAGCCCGGGCUGGACAAACAGGGAAACACCAGCAGAGAGGCUUCGGAGGGGAACGAGGAGGAAAAGGGUGAUGGAGAAAGCUGCAGCAGCACUGACAGUCCAGCUCUGAGUAUGCUGACCUCCGGCUACGGCACCUACAGACCAGAGGAGCAGGAGGGAGUCGACUGCAGGGACGACCACACCAUAACAGAGUUUGACCAGGAGAGCCAGGAGGGUCUUUCCGAGGUGAGAGACGAUGAGGAGGACGAUUUAUCUCUGAGUAACUAUGGCGGGGAUUUUAUGGAGCCCACGUGCACGCCGGACUGCAAAGAGACUCGACCUCGGACCGCGUUGGAAGACAGCAAAUAUCAAACCAACUUGAGCUGGUGUUUUGAAGAUGACCCCUUUCUUUCAGAGAUGGAUGACAGACGCAUCGCAGGUAUGAAAUCAGAGAAUGACGACCACCACACCGAUGAGGCAGAACAAGCUAAAAGCCCGACACAUGAAAGGAAAUUUGACAAGUUGUAUCAGGAUCUGUACGCAGAGUGGCACAACAAAGCGGUUACAAGGGCAAGAUCUGAGGAAGAAGACGACAACUUCCUUACGGGUAACGAGCAUUUGGAAGAUAGAAGUGAGGAUGAAGAGGAUGAAGAGCAGGCGUCAGAGGAGCAGCAGCGCCUUGAAGAGGAAGAUAAGGUGGAGAAAGGAGUCGCACACCAAGCGGAGAUGGAGGAUCCAGAGGAGCAGUCCAGCAAUAAGGACAUCAAGUUCAUUGAUUCCAAAGUGGAUUUCAGCCGUUGGACAUACACGGACAAAAUGUACGAGACUUUCGAAGGGAACCGAAGACCCAAGAAGGACGCAGCGAGCGGCCUGGAGGAGCGGCUGGCGGAGCUUCACGUUUCGGCGACGACACAACACGACUCUGAGACGGAGAGCGAGGACGUGACCAGCCCGAGCGACAGUCCCAGCGACGGCCAGAGCUCAGACAGCGACGGACUCUCUCUCACGGCCUUUGAGUCCUACAUCAGAGGCAUGGCUCGAAUGAAAAGUGACUUCAGGCCCAGAUCCAAGUCCUUCAUCCGUCCUGUGGUGAAGCAGAGGUUAAAGAAGAGCGACCCCGUGGACAGGUAUUUCCAGUACAAGCAGCUCUGGAAAAUGUUCAAGCUUCCAGGAGAAACGGACAUGAAAGCCAUUCGUAAGGAGAUCCAGGAGCAGCUGGCGUACCAGCCUCCACCUCCUAAACCUCGGAGAGUCUAUGUGCCCAACACCUACGUCGUGCCAACAGAGAAGAAGCGCUCCGCCCUCCGCUGGGAGAUCAGGAACGAUUUAGCCAACGGCCUCCUGCCGGGCCGGCCCGCUUAUCGAUUUUAGGCCUUAAGCCCUGCACAUGCCUUUUAGAUACUU